AUGAAGUUAUACAAAAACAUUGCAGAAGACAACCCAGCCGCAACACUGACGUCAGGAGCUACGGACAAUACCUCUAAGUUAAACAUCAACAGUAAGCUACGGAUAAUACCUAAGUUAAACAUCAGCAGUAAGCUACGGACACUACCUAAGUUAAACAUCAGCAGUAAGCUACGGACAAUACCUAAGUUAAACAUCAGCAGUAAGCUACGGACAAUACCUAAGUUAAACAUCAGCAGUAAGCUACGGACACUACCUAAGUUAAACAUCAGCAGUAAGCUACGGACAAUACCUAAGUUAAACAUCAGCAGUAAGCUACGGACACUACCUAAGUUAAACAUCAGCAGUAAGCUACGGACAAUACCUAAGUUAAACAUCAGCAGUAAGCUACGGACAAUACCUAAGUUAAACAUCAGCAGUAAGCUACGGACACUACCUAAGUUAAACAUCAGCAGUAAGCUACGGACAAUACCUAAGUUAAACAUCAGCAGUAAGCUACGGACAAUACCUAAGUUAAACAUCAGCAGUAAGCUAAUGAAGCAGAAGAAUAAGACGGCUCCCAUGAUUCAUUCAGUGGCCAUAUUCAUGGUCUUCACCAUCAACACCAUCGCUGCUCAACAAGAAGGUAGCAUCGUCACAACCCAAAAUGGAUCAAGCGCCAGCUUCCAUAUUCUAGAUGACGAUUCACAUGAUUCCACGAUUUACUUCUGGACUCACCAUAACAACACGGCUGUCAAACUUGACAUCAUAACCAACUAUAACGUAACAAAGCAUUUCAACAUCACUCAGCCUGAUGUCUGGCACAUCGGAUACCUCACUCAACCAGUGACUAAAGAUAACAGGACAGCCGGGAUAAUAAUCUCGCAUGCCAAAAUCUUCGUUAAUUUUGAUUAUCAGAGAAUCAAGUCGAUCAGUGUCUCCAGCAACAACCCCGUCUACUGGGCCUUCUGUACGAACCGACGAAUCUGUGUCCUGGUAAGACCUGAUAUAAGCAGCAGCGGUGGUACACAGUACGUGGUGGUGCCUCUGAUAGUCGUCUGUGUGUUGCUGCUGGUCGUGGUGGUCGUCCUCAGCCUGCGUCUCUUCUGCAAGCAUAGUGGUAGUAGCUACUUCCAUAUCUAUGAGAAACCUAUUUAUCCUCCUGUGCCUCCUCCCGUCUUUCAACGGGUCGUUAUACAACCACAGAACGACAGCGGCGACACUCGAGGUAGCAGAGUAAGAGAGACGGAUUCUAGCCACGACAACCUGGCUUAUCACUACUAUGACGAAUGGAGCAGCGACACGCACGACCACCGUCGCUUCCAUUUACAAGACAACACUCACAUCCUUUACCAGAACGACCGUCGUCACCCGCUCCAGGACGACUCUAGCCCCCAGCCGCUUCGAAACUACCCAUCCCUUCAGCAAAACGACUUCAGCCUCCGCCAGAAUUACCGUUCUCUUCAAAACGACUUCCAUCACACCAAAUACCCCCGAUUCCCUCAGCAACACGACCCUAACCACACUAACAACAACCCCACAACAACGACCCCACAAAAGAACGACCAAGAUGACCACGAGAGUAUCAACAGUAUCUACGGCUUCUCUAUGUAAUGCAUACCACGACCGUGUGAUAAUAGUUGACAGUCUUCCGUAGUGACUGGUAAAUAGUCUUCCAUGGAGAUAGUCGUAGAUAGUCUACCACUGAGACAGUAGUAGACACUCCUCUGCGGAUAUCCUCGAGUUAGCCUGUAAAAUCUCCAGUGCGCUAAACCCUUAGGGAAUGAGAGGCAAUCAGCUAUCAUAUAUAGAAAAGAGACAGGUAGCUCCAACUGGAUCAAAAGCCUUCAUCAUCACACCAUCAACAUCCAUCCCCACGAAGGGUCGUAGGGCGGUGAUAAUGAUUCAUUAUCUUUCUUAAUAGUGACUUUAAUGUAUUCAUUAUAUUUACGGUGUUCUGAAAUGUAUAUAUUGAUUA